GCAGUGUGGCCACGUUAGCGUCUAGCUAACUUACGUUAGCUAGCUACUAGUACUGUAAUGUUCAUCUAGCUUCAUGAAUACAUGCAAUGUCUGCAUUGUAGCUAGCUAACGUAAACAUACUAAACUCCACGCAAUGGUAAAGGAAGUUUAGAAUUAACUUCACCGCGGAGUGGAGCCGAGACCAGUCGGUGGUUGUAUUUGAUUAAGUUUUAUUGAAAAAGUAUUGUAACGACAGUUAUAGUAUGUAUUUCAGCAAACAAAGGCACGACACUUCUGAGGAAAAACAAAGCCACCCAAAAAGAAGGCUGCAGCCAAGUCUGCCAAAGGGAAGACACCCACAGUAGUAGAUGGCCUUUCCACGGAGGAGAUGUCGAAGGAGCAGCUGGAGGAGCACAUUGUGCGGCUGCGGGAGGAGCUGGACAGGGAGAGGGAGGAGAGGAACUACUUCCAGCUGGAGAGGGACAAGAUCCACACCUUCUGGGAGAUCACCAAGAGACACCUGGACGAGAGGAAGGCAGACCUGAGGAACAGAGACCGGGAGAUGGAAGAGGCUGAGGAGCGCCACCAAGUAGAGAUCAAGGUGUACAAGCAGAAAGUGAAGCAUCUGCUGUAUGAGCACCAGAACAGCAUCUCAGAGCUGAAGGGAGAGGGAGUGGUCUCUAACAAGCUGAUGCAGAACGAGCACGCCGAGCUGGAGAACGAGCUCUGCAAGGGCAUGCGCACCCUCAAAGUGGACUUUAAGGAGCAGGAGCUCUCCAACGAGAACCUCAUCAAGGGCCUCAAACUGAAAAACGACCAGGAAAUUACCAAAACGAGAAAUGACUUUGAGAGACAAGUGCAAGAAAUUGAGGCCAAGUAUGAGAAGAAGAUGCAGAUGCUGCGUCAGGAGCAGGACCUGAGGAGGAAGACAGAGAUCCACGAGAUCGAGGAGAGGAAGAACAGCCAGAUCAACACGCUGAUGAAGAACCACGAGAAGGCUUUCAGCGACAUCAAGAACUACUACAACGACAUCACCCUCAACAACCUGGCCCUCAUCAACUCACUCAAGGAGCAAAUGGAGGAGAUGAAGAGGAAGGAGGAGCGUCUGGAGAAGGACAUGGCAGAGGUGCUGCUGCAGAACAAGCGCCUGACGGAGCCCCUGCAGAGGGCCAAGGAGGAGGUGACCGAGCUGCAGAAACAACUGGCCAACUACGAGAAGGACAAGACCUCACUGGCGGGGGCCAAAGCACAUUUGAAGGUCGCAGACAAGGAGAUGAAAGACCUGAAGUGGGAACACGAAGUGCUGGAACAGAGGUUUAGUAAGGUCCAGGUGGAGCGUGAUGACCUGUAUAAGAAGUUCACCCAGGCCAUCCAGGAGGUGCAGCAGAAGAGUGGCUUUAAGAACCUCCUGUUGGAGAGGAAACUGGGGGCUCUGACCAACACCCUGGAGAAGAAGGAGGCUCAGCUCAACGAGGUGCUGUCUGCCUCCAACUUGGACCACACCGCCCUCGGCGUGGUCACACGCAAACUGGAGGAAGUUUUGGACUCCAAGAACAUUGCGAUCAAAGACUUGCAGUAUGAGUUGGCGCGGGUUUGUAAGGCCCAUAAUGACCUGCUGAAAACCUAUGAGGCCAAGCUGCAGGCCUUUGGGAUCCCUAUGGAGGAGCUGGGCUUCAAGCCCCUGGAGAGCAGUGUGGCUGGACACUCCCUGGGCCAGGGCCCUGCAGGCCUGGUGUCUGCCCCCACAUGAGGCCCCCAGGUUGGGCUCAGAGACACAAACACUCCCCUCACCCACACAGACUAUCACUUACUGCAGUGCUAAUGUGACUCUUCUUUCUAUCUCACUCUCUCUUUAUUGUAACGUUUGAUAGAAAUACUACUGAAGAUCAACAGCAACUCUCUGUUUGCGAAGAUGAACUGGUCUUUUUCCACUACACUGUAAACAUUUCCAAAUAAACAUAUUUUUAAAAGUAUCUCAGCUGCUGUAUGUGUAUAUACUCACACAUGGUGGAGGAACAACAAUAUGUAUGUUUUAUGCCGAGAUGAGAUCCAUGUUUGUUUGUUCAGUCAUCUCACUAAAUCUGAAGGGCAGGCAAAAACCUAUAACAUAGACACCAGGGUAGAUCAGCAUAUCAUCAGGACUAUCAAAUCCCAACUCAAACAGGAUUUCCUGAGUCUCACUGCCAACAAAGUUAUUUUUCUGAGGAGCCUGCUAUAGAGAGCAAUAGUAAUGGCGUAUUUUUGUAGGCACUAAUUCCAGCAUGGUGCGUUGAGCGAAGCCUAUGGGAAAAUGAAUGGAGUUUUUGCAGGGUUUUUGAAUGAAUGCCAAAAAUAAGGGCUGUGGUAAACACAGGCUUAGGAGAUCUUAUAUAUUUUGUUCUACAAGAUAAUCAUCAUCAGCUAACAUCACUUUUGUGAAUUUUGAAGCAUUUAUGUAAUAAAAUUUAAAAAACAACACCCAACGGCUUCUUAAUUCAUAAAGGUCACGUUAACUGACUGAUAUCUCAUAGAACAAAACGUAUWAGCACUCUAUCUCAAGAAAGAAAGUUAAAUCAAGCUACUUUUAAAGCUCGGACUCUGGUGAUCCUUCUACAUUUUUGGAAAACAGUAAAUGGACUAAAGCGCACAAAUUCAUCUUCCUUGCCUAAGCAAGUUCUGUCUGACACUGGCAUCAUAACUGAGAAGAAUAGGAUAAGUGAUGCUUUAAUCAUUUUAUCUCGGCAGGCUUUUUAUUUGAGAAAAACAGUGAUUGACCCUGGUCAGUCAAUCAACUGCUCUUCCCUCUGCCAGUCUCCAGCUGACUCGAUGGUUAACCAGUCAACUUCAAGUGAAUCUUUGUUUUAAUUUCAACAAUUUACUAUUUGUGAUGUGCUAGAUGCCUUGCUUAAGAUUAAUGUAAAAAAAAAUCCACUAGGGCUGGUAUGCUUGAUGAAUUUUUGCUGGAGCUCUCUGCCCCCCUGUUACUGAAUCAUUAACCCAUAUGUUUUACCUGAAUGUAUAGCCCGUUUGUGUGGUAUUAGGUAAUAUGUUAAUAUUAACUCUGCUGUUGUUAUUAUUGUACUAUUAAUAACAUAACAAUAAUACCUGGUUAUAAGAUACAGUCCUUACCCUUUGUGCUAUUGCAGUUCUGUUCCAUUUUUAUUUACUCUCGUCCCUCAUUUGAUAUGCAUACAUUCAUCCUGCUCUAUUCAUUGCAUUCCAUGUGUACAUUCAUUGUCUCUCUGUUUCUGUACCUUUACAGAACCAUACCCAUGUACAUACCCAUGUUCAUCUUCUCCUGUGUGUGAUUAAAGUUAUUGUGUGUGAUUAAAGUUCCUGCUUUGUUCCCCUCUAA